CAGAGGCCAGCAUUUAGUCACUGCAUGAAAGUUGAACAUAUCACUUCUUUGCUGAAGUCCACUCUAACUUGUGGACGAGAGGGGGAUAUUUCUGUUUCUGUUUACGGACCCGUGGAUUUGCCUUUUCUUCCAGUAGAAACCGUGCGUCGUGACCACAGGAUACUUUUACGCACAGUUAUUGCUCUCUGAAAAAAGGACAAUGCCUCGAUCAUUCUUGGUCAAAAAGUACUUCGCUAAACAAAAGCCAAACUACAGUGAACUGGAAUGUCAGAAUGACACUUUACUGGAGAGGUAUCCUUUUGCUGAGCUCUCAUCAGCAGACAGCACCUCCACUGCCACCUGCUUCACCACAGGACUGGUGUGGGACCUGAGUGUCCUCCCUACCCUCUACUUGCCCACGUCCCAAACAGAGCCCUCUGCCACCCCAGGGCCCCUGGACCUCAGCUCCCCUUCCAGCCUCAGCAGCAGUGCCAGCAGCAGCGGAGAGGAGGACGAAGGGCGCACAUCAGACCCCCCCAGCCCCGAACCCGUCCACACGUAUGCCCCUCGACAGCGGAUGAAAUGCACCGGUGUUAUGACUCAUAUCAGUCCGCCAGAAGAGGAGGAAGAGCGAGAGACCCCUGUCACAGCAGCCAGACCAGCUUUCCUCUGCAAACACUGCCCCAAAGAGUACACGAGCCUGGGAGCUUUGAAGAUGCACAUUCGCUCACACACCCUGCCCUGUGUUUGCACCACCUGUGGAAAGGCGUUCUCCAGGCCGUGGCUGCUGCGCGGCCACAUCCGCACACACACGGGUGAGCGCCCGUUCUCCUGCCCUCACUGCAACAGGGCCUUUGCUGACCGCUCAAACCUGCGCGCCCAUCUGCAGACCCACGCCGAGGUGAAGAAGUACCAGUGUGGUGUCUGCUCUCGCACCUUCAGCCGCAUGUCUCUGCUGCAGAAGCACAGCUCCUCGGGGUGCUGCUCCACUUCAGUGUGAGAUGCCACGGGAGAGACAGAGGGAACCCACUCAGAGCUCAGAGAGGUGGAGGGCUUGGGGCCACAAGGAAGAGGUCUGCUCAAGCCUGGCUGGCCUGUUAAAGGACCUGUAAGGCCCCAAAGAGUAUGAAAUGGCCUUCUUUCAGAGACGCAGAGGAAAUUUAAACCUCAUUAUGGAUAUGACUUUACAAGCCUCUUACGUUUCUCUGUCCUAUUAAAAGACAGCAGAGAAGCUUUUUUUUUUUCUUCCAAACUAGACUCAGGUCUUGAGGCUGGACCAAAUCUGAACUGAACAAUGCAAACACUCACUCGACAUCAGCCCGUUUGUUGCUGUUGUGCCCAUUCCAAACACCAAAUAUGUAGUCAACUCAUUGGGAUAAGAGGUGCUCUUUCCUGCCUCUGUCCUGGUGCUGGUCAGCUCAGGAUCAUGGCCUAGACACAGCUGCUCAGAGGUAGGGGUGCGUGGGUGGAAUAAAUCUCUUAGCAGGCCUCAAAACACACACACAUGCAUACACACACACACACACACACACACACACACACACACACACACACACACACACACACAGACAAAAGCUAAUGCACACACAGCUGUCCCUGGUACUGUGGUGUAGAUAGACGAGGUGCUAACAGGUGCUACAGCCAUGACCUUCACUGGUUGAUAGCAGGUGACUUCCACUGCCCUUGGUUUGCUUAAGAAAAAAGAGGAAGCUUGUCAUCACAAAAGAAUGGCAGCAGUUAGUGUUUUUUCAUCAGCGAGGAUCGUUUUAAGCCUCUAUUUUGACUACAGCCAUACCUGCUCUUUAAUCUGAUGAGCUUCAGAGAUAGGACAAGCCAUUCUGUCUUCUGUUAUUUUUCCAAAGAUGUUUCACCGUUCAGCUCUGCUGCAACGUGGAUAGCAAUGCAAGCCGUGCACUCAAAGUUACCACAGUGUUAAUAAUACCAGCCAAAGCCAUAAAUUUGUGCCUUGAAAUUGUUUGUCUUUUUUAAACCAAAUGUGCCUUUUUUUACCUCAUUAAGUAGUUGUGGCUUUAAAAUAACUGAUUGCAGUAUUAGUAGAAAUUAGAUAAAAAUGUAAAAAAGGCUGGGACCAAAGUUUUGUUUUCUUUUUUUUACAGUUUUACACCAUGGAAACAACAUGGUGGCCUGAUAUGUGAUGAGAUCUCUGUAAAUGGACAGUACAAAUGAAUUUUUAACUUUCCUAAACAUUUGUGGCUGCGUUUUUAGUGCAAUGUGCAGACGAUGUGUUAUUUCAUUUUUUUUUUGUACCAUGCUUGUGUGUUCACCUCUAUUUCCUGUAUGUCAUAACGGAUACCUUCCCAUUCAAUAAAGUUAAUUUAUGUUUAUUAAAA